AUGAAGAUGGAGUCAGAUCUCGAAGGCAGUGGUCUUCCAUAUAUGCCUGAUGACAUUACAACUUUACAAAACUGCUUGACCAGUUCUGAUAGAAAUUAUACUUUGUAUCCAGCUGGCUUGACUUCUGAUCAGCUAAAAACCUCUGAGAAAGAGAAUCAAAAUAUCGGUGGCACCAAACGGUCUAGCGUCUACGACAAUGACAACUCUUUACAACUGUCCUCUUCGUCCCCACCUCUAUCUCUAUCUUCAGACCAACACCAGGACUCCAAGAACCUGCCUCCACUCAAGACAGUGCGCUUGGACAAUGAUAAAGCGGCCAAAGAAACGUUACACUCCAACCUUAAGUCACAACAUGGAAAUGGAGGCAGUUUGCAUAGUACAUCACCUCGGGACCGGAGCAAGAAUCCAGCGUCAAUAAGUGACCGAGAAUGGUUUGAAGGUCAGCGCUUCAACCCUUUCAACACGGAAGUCAUUUUUGAAGAAGAUCAUUAUUCAGAAGUUGAAUCGACAAGUUCUUCUGACAGCCAUGCUUGGUCAUUUAUUCACGAUAGUUCAAUUCCCACAAAGGACAGUUUGGAUAUUUCCUUUGCUGAGCUUGGAUUAGCUGAAGAUCAUUUCUCUCAUCCUGAGGGUCAUUUUGGUCAGACCAGUGAAGAGGAACUUCUAAUGGCCAUAGAAAAUUGCAAAGAACUUAUCAGGCAGUGCAAUGCAUUGGUCCCAGCUGGGGCUGAACGUCAGCAAAAACUUGUACGCAAACUCAUUCAAUUGCGAAUGUACUAUCUGGACUUGAAGGAAGGUCCAGUCCAAGCUGAUCCUGAAAUUAAACUUGUAAUGUCUCAUCAUUUUAAGCAAAAAGUUGGUGCCACAAAACAUCCCUGUGAGAAAUGUAAAAGAGUCAUUUGGGGAAUGAUUGGAAUUCAUUCUUGGUAUAAAUGUCAAGAUUGUGGAUACCACUGUCACCAAAAGUGCCUUAACACAGUAACUCGGAUGUGCCCGAGUGCAAAGAUUGCACAAGGAGUUGGAUUUAUCACAGACAUUUGCCCUGAGAAAGGUCUUAGCCGACAAAAAUUUCGCUGUGCUGAUUGUCGGGAGCCUAUUGAAUAUCAGAGCAAUCAAGGUUGGCAGGAACCGCGGCAAUGUGAUUAUACAGGCAAUUUCUAUUGUGAAAUGUGCCAUUGGGAGGAUCUUAUGAUUGUUCCAGCUCGGGUCCUUUAUAAUUGGGAUUUUGAACCCAGGAAGGUAUGUCGUGCCAGUCGACAGUUUCUCAAACUGCUUAUGAAAAAACCAGUUCUGGAUAUAGAAAAAUACUGUCCAUUAAUAUUUAAAAUGUCAGACAUGACAGAAAUCCAGAAACUUCGAAAUGACAUUCUCAUGAUGAAAAAAUAUUUUAUCCAGUGUAAAAAGGCAAGAGACAGUAAACUGCUGUUAUCGUUGGAGAAGCGUCAGCAUUUCGUGGAAAACUCUCAUAUGUAUUCAUUACGAGACCUCAUUGAUGCCAACUGUCAGAUACUGCUACCUGAAUUAAAAGAAAUUGUCCAAAACUUUUUGAAACAUAUCAAAACUGAUUGCAAGUUAUGCCAAGCCAAAGGAUACGUGUGUGAACUGUGUAACAGUUCUGAAAUUCUAUUUCCCUUUGAUGUUUAUACGAGUUCCUGUACAUCUUGCAGCCAGGUUUUUCACAGAAAAUGCUUCAUGAAAAUGUCCAGUUGUCCUCGGUGCACACGUCGAGCUCGACGAAGUACCAUCCAAAACUGA